AUGCCGGAACGUAUUGAUUUGUCGGCUGGGUGGCCUAACCCCACGCUCCUCCCCGCCCCCGAGCUCCUCCGCUCCGCCUCAACAGUGCUGACGGACCCCUCCAUUGCGCACCCGGCAUUGGGGUAUGGCCCCGAUGAGGGCCAUGAGCCUCUCCGUGUCCACGUCGCUGCGUGGCUGGAAGCCUUUUACCAACCUCGCCACCCGAUUUCUUCGCAACGUAUUUGCAUCACCGGCGGGGCCAGCCAGAACCUCGCUUGUGUGUUGGCCGUGUUCACUGACCCCGUGUACACGCGGAAUGUCUGGCAGGUUGAUCCUACAUAUUUUCUGGCGGGCCGGAUAUUCGACGACGCUGGCUUUGCUGGGCGAGUGCGGGCGGUGCCCGAGGAUGACGAAGGGAUCGAUCUAGAUUUCUUGGAACGCGGCUUGCGUGAGGCUGAGCAUAAGGCUACCGCGGAAGGGAACGACACACCGAAAUUGAAACCACCUCGGCCAUGGCGCAAGAUCUACAAACACGUUAUCUAUGCUGUCCCCACAUUUGCGAAUCCGUCCACUAAGACUAUGUCACUGCAUCACCGGGAGCAACUCGUGCGACUAGCACGGGACUAUGACGCUCUUGUGGUGACGGACGAUGUUUACGAUCUUUUACAGUGGUCCUCCACUGUUGGUGGUGAGCUGACAUCGCCCGAUCGUGCAUUUGUCCCUCGACUAGUGGAUGUGGAUCGCUACUUGGACGGCGGCCCUGUGGAUGAAUGGGGCCACGCAAUAAGCAAUGGGAGUUUCAGUAAACUAAUCGGACCCGGGGCCCGCACCGGAUGGGCAGAAGCAUCUGAAAAGGUAGCCUACGGGAUAUCCCAAGUAGGCUCGUCUCGGUCCGGCGGAGCACCCUCUCAAAUGACCUCGACCUUCAUCGAUCAGCUCCUGGGAUCUGGAUUUCUGAACCAGCAUAUUCGUGAUACGUUACGACCUGCGUAUGCGCGGCGGUAUCAUGAUUUGACGUUUGCCAUUCAGGAAUACCUGGCGCCACUAGGCGUCACCAUUGAGGCACCCACCAACGGUGUGGCCGGUGGGUAUUUCAUUUGGAUUACUCUCCCUGCUCCACUACUGGCGGCAGAAGUAGUACAGCGGGCUGAUCGCCAGGAGAAUCUGCGCUUAGCGCCUGGUGAUGUGUUCCAGGUGGCUGGGGACCCCCACGCAGCCAGCAAUCGCUUCACCAACCGCCUUCGCUUGUGCUUUGCCUGGGCAGAGCCGGGCGAUCUAACCGAGGGAAUGCGUAGACUUGCACGCGUCCUCGAAUCAUUGAUCUAG